AUGAUCGAACCGACACUGGUCGCCGGCAUUCAGCCGGGGGGGCAGUUGACCAUAACCACUGACGUGGAAAACUAUCCCGGUUUUGCCGAUCCCGUCAUGGGUCCGUGGCUCAUGGAGCAGAUGCAGAAACAGGCGGAAAAUGUCGGUACAAAGCUUGUUUACGACACGAUCGUGAAGGCCGAUCUGUCGCAACGACCAUUCCGGCUUGAAGCAGACAGCGGAACGGUGUUUACCGCGGACACACUCGUAAUCGCCACCGGUGCCCAGGCCCGCUGGCUCGGAUUGCCUUCCGAGCAGGACUACAUGGGCGCUGGCGUUUCUGCAUGUGCGACAUGUGACGGUUUUUUCUACCGCAACAGGGAAGUCGUCGUGGUUGGCGGCGGCAACACGGCGGUGGAAGAAGCCCUUUAUCUUGCCAAUCUCGCUUCCAAGGUUACACUGGUGCACCGCCGCGACAGCUUGCGCGCGGAAAAAAUUCUUCAGGACCGCCUUUUCCGGAACCCCAAAAUCGAGGUUGUCUGGGACCAUCAGGUUGAUGAAAUUCUUGGCGGUGGCGAGCCGAAAGGGGUUACGGGCGUUCGCCUGAAAAACACCGGAAACGGCGAACUCCGGGAGAUUUCGACCGAUGGCGUCUUCAUCGCAAUCGGACACGCACCGUCCGUGGAACUCUUCAAGGACCAGCUGACGCUGAAACCGAACGGCUACUUGGAAACAGCACCGGAUUCGACCAAAACAUCCAUUCCGGGUGUCUUUGCAGCCGGUGACGUUACGGACGACAUUUACCGUCAGGCCGUCACUGCAGCUGGAAUGGGCUGCAUGGCUGCCCUUGAAGCGGAGAAGUUUCUGGCCGAGCAUGAGACGGCAUCAACACGACAGGCAGCCGAAUAA